AUGAAUAUUGCAACGGUUUCUGGCUCCAUUGACUUUGCCACCUUCCGAAAGUUGAAAAAGACUCACAAUGUCGGAGGAAUUCUAGUAAGUAAAGGUAAUCAUGGCAAAGCAUCCUCCAUACCAAGUGAUGUCUUGAGAAUCCUAGACCCGGCCAAAAAGAAAUUAACUUCCGUCGAGGGACAACGAAUCUUGGCAGUGAUUUCAGAAGGAAUUAAGAGAGUAGAAAUUGUCAGUUUAUGCAAAUAUGCAAUAGAGAACCUAGAUCGAUUUUCAGUAAGCUUUGGCACUGAACUAACUAGUUGUUUAGAAGCGCAUAAAGAACUUCUUACUAAAUACAUGGAUAUUUGGACAGAAUUAAAAAAUGUAACAGGAACUGAUUUUUUCUCUCUUGGAGUAUCUAAAACAACAACCCGCCGUGCUAGUUCAGCAACUUCACAUAGUGAUCGUGGAGAAGACACCGCUGAUGUCCACCACCUUAGUGACAAGGAAAGAUUUAAAGGUCAAUAUAAUUAUCUCCAAACUCUAGAAGGGCAAAUUUAUCACUCAUGUAGGACUCUGCUUCGUCACUUCUCCAACAAUCCCACUGCAGUGGAUGCGUUGAAAUCUGAAAAUAUCGCAAUCAAUCGUCAAAAAGAAACUGGUGAUCUCAUCGCUACAAUGGUCGAACUAAAGGCCAUACUAUUAAGUAAGCUACUAACUACACCUAAUGAAGAAAAGAUUAAGGAGCAACACCUCGCUCAUGUUACUCAGAGUGAACGAAAAGCCGGUGAAGUGAUAAAAAUGCUAGAAGCAGAAUUAAAUGCAGCUGUAGAGGAUAGAGAUGAAGAGGUGUCAAAGCGGAACGAGAUCAUCCGUCGCUUAAAAAAUGAUCUUCAUAGCAUAGAAAAAUAUAGUGAAGAAAUGAAUAGGCGCACAUUAUCAGAAGCUGUUAAACAAGAAGCAGCCGAUACAAAAAAUUCCGAAGGCAGACGUUCCAAAAUGCAACAUGACAUUGCUAAUAUACGCCAGACAUUAGCAACAAUAACGCUUACUCAUAGAGAAUCCGAACUUAAUUUAAGAAAGAAAAAAUAUAAACUUGAGACUGAAGUGGAAAACUGGAUUCAAAAGUAUGAUCAAGAUAUGUCAGAAAGACAGAAUGAAAUAGAAGAAAUACAAGAAGUUUACACUAAAGAAAAGGCUCAGCUAGCAGCAAUAGAAGGAAAGUUUAAAACAUUAAAGGAAGAAUAUGACGCUAUUAUGAAAGAGAGACGAAUAGCUAGAGAAGCAGCAGAAGCCGCAGAACGUCAAAUGGCUGCAAUGGCUAGAGCUGCCAUAAGAAUUCAAACUUAUUAUCGCGCAUUUAAAGCACGUAGAUUGCUACAGAAGAAAAAAGAAAAAUUACGCAAGAAGAGAAGAAAGGGUAAAGGCAAAAAGACGGGAAUGCUUUCCAAAUUAGGAAGGAAACGAAGAAGAUAA